GCGGUUCUUCUGCUGCUUCGGCGGCCGCUUCGGCGUCCACCCCGGGGCGCCAGCUAUCGUCGCUGCAGCUGCUGGCCGUGCAAGCGCUGUGCGGCGGGCAGACGCACCCGGCGACGACAAGGACGGCUCCUUGGCUGCACAGCUCGCCAUGGCCCAGGCCAAGAUUAGCAGCGCCAAGAACAGCUCCGGCGGCAGCGAAGCAGCCCAGCAAGCGGGCGCGGGUCAGCAGCUCCGGGGACGCUUCUUCCGCUCCACCUCCAUGGCGGACCGCUCCAGCCGCUUGCUUGAGUGCCUGGACCAGCUGGAACGGAGGGUUGAAGCUUUGCGUGAUGCAGCAUCUUCAAUGGAACAAGAAAAAGAAACUCUCCUGGAAAUGAUCCAUAAUAUACAGAAUAGCCAGGAUAUGAGGAAUAUUAGUGAAGGUGAAAGAGAAGAACUUAAUCUGACUGCCAAGCGCCUCAUGGGUCGAACCCUCACAGUUGAGGUUUCAGUAGAAACCAUAAGAAAUCCUCAGCAGCAGGAAUCCCUGUUGCGUGCUACCCAGAUGAUUGACGAAAUAGUCAAUAAACUCUUGGAUGAUUUGGAGGACUCAAAGAGCCGGUUAAUGUCACUUUAUGGAGCAUGUACAUCUGAGAUACCAUCUGGACCUGUGGAUCAAAAAUUUCAGUCUGUUGUAAUUGGAUGCGCUAUAGAAGAUCAGAAGAAAAUUAAAAGACGACUAGAGACUUUGCUUAGGAAUAUAGACAACUCUGAAAAAUCCAUCAUGCUUCUAGAAAACCAAAAAACAACUGCAAGGCAACUCUGCAACAAUGGAAAAGAUUAAAAACUUCUGAAUGCCACUAUAAAAAAGUACAUGUUUUCUUAAAAUAUACAAAAGAAGAGAAAUGCUGCCAUCUUAAAACAUAUAAUGUACGGGCUUGAUAGCACAGGUCUGAUCCCCUGGAAUUGAAGAGGGCUUACAUACCUCUGUAGCACUUACACAAAUCCUUGGGCAUUCAGAAGC